AUGACCAGUCUACUACGCGUUGGAGCUCUGUCCCGUCGCGCUGGCGCGCGGAACCCCAAGAUAAUCUCACAGCGCUCUAUGGCGUCAUUCUACAACACAGACAUCGCUGGGCUCACCAAUGAAGAAGCCGAGUUCCGAACCGCUGUAACAGAAUUCGCAGCCAAGGAGGUCGCACCGAGAGCAGCAGAAAUUGACAAGACAAACACCUUUCCUUCGGUAUGUAGGACCUUUGGCGGAAGAUGGGCGACAUGGGUCUACUUGGGAUCACCGUCUCCCCCAAAUACGGCGGGUUGGGGCUGGGCUAUCUGCAACACACGCUUGCUAUGGAGGCCCCUUUCCCACGCGUCUGGCUCUGUCGCGCUAUCCUAUGGCGCGCACUCCAAUCUUUGCGUGAACCAGAUCCAUCGUCAUGGCACGGAAGCGCAGAAAGAGAAAUACCUCCCAGCUCUGAUCAGUGGCGAGCACGUCGGGAGUCUGGCCAUGAGCGAACCGGGGAGCGGGAGCGAUGUCGUCAGCAUGCAGCUAAGGGCCACCAAGGUCGACGGUGGGUGGAGUCUGACGGGGAAUAAAUUCUGGAUAACAAACGGACCCUCUGCGUCGACACUGGUGGUAUAUGCCAAGACAGCGCCAGAGAAACAUUCAAAAGGAAUCACUGCUUUCCUCAUCGAGCGCGGUUUCAAGGGCUUUUCCACCAGUCCCAAGCUCGACAAGUUCGGGAUGCGAGGCAGCGACACGUGCGAGCUCGUGUUCGAGGAUUGUUUCGUUCCAGACGAGAAUGUACUGGGAAAAACCAACAAAGGCGCGGGUGUGCUCAUGUCCGGGCUCGACUUGGAGCGGCUUGUGCUUAGUGGGGGUCCAUUAGGACUUAUGCAAGCCGCAUUCGACUUUGCUGUCGAGUACGUCCACGAGCGAAAGCAAUUCGGGCAGCCCAUCGGGACAUUCCAGCUGAUGCAAGGCUGGUGUAAAAUUGCCGACAUGUACACCAAGCUCAACGCCAGCCGGUCGUAUGUCUACGCCGUUGCGCGGGCAUGUGACCAAGGUAAACUCAGCAGACGCGACUGCGCGGGAGCGAUACUAUACUCGACCGAAAAGGCCAUCGAAGUCGCUAUUGACGGGCAGCAGUGCUUGGGUGGGAAUGGGUAUAUUAACGACUACCCCAUGGGUCGCAUAGUGCGCGAUUCGAGACUAUAUGCUGUCGGCGCGGGCACUCAGGAGAUUCGGCGGAUGCUAAUUGGGAGGGAGUUUAACCAGGAGCUGCUAAGCGAUUGA